AUGGGCGACAAGUAUGCUACUCUGCGGCGGGCACAGCUGCAUCUGGAUUUCAUCCACGCCAACUCCACUACGCACAGUUUCCUGUUUGGAGCCCUGGCUGAAUUGCUGGACAAUGCAAGACCUAAAACACUUUUGUGGAUUACAGAGGAAGCCUCAGAUAUUAUUUACUUUGGAACAUCCAAGAAACGGUUAUCAACCUUGAAGUUUAUUGGGCAAUAUGGCAAUGGUCUUAAAAGUGGGUCCAUGAGGAUUGGAAAAGACUUUAUUCUUUUCACAAAGAAGGAAGAAACGAUGACCUGUGUUUUUUUUUCUCAGACAUUCUGUGAAGGAGAAGGUCUGAGUGAGGUUGUAGUUCCAAUGCCUUCGUGGUUAACCAAAAACAGAGAACCUGUCACAGAUGAUCCUCAGAAAUUCUCAACGGAAUUGUCUAUAAUUUAUAAGUACUCUCCAUAUAAAACUGAAGCUGAAUUAAUGCGGCAAUUUGAUAUAAUCUAUGGGAAAUGUGGUACUUUGCUGGUUAUUUAUAACUUGAAGCUUCUGCUCAGUGGAGAACCAGAGUUGGAUGUUAAAACUGACAAGGAAGAUAUACUGAUGGCCGAAGCUCUUGAGGAUUUCCCAGAGAGAUGGUCAUUCAGAGCCUACACCUCUGUUCUGUAUUUUGACCCUUGGAUGAGAAUAUUUAUUCAGGCCAAAAAAGUUAAAACAAAACACCUCUGUCAUUGCCUCUACAAACCCAGAAAGUAUCUGUAUGUCACAUCGUCUUUUAAAGGAGCAUUUAAAAAUGAAGUUAAAAAGGCAGAAGAAGCAGUAAAGAUUGCUGAACUUGUGUUGAAAGAUGCUCGAAUUAGAGUCAACCAGCCUGAUAGAACUUCCUUGUCUUCUCCCGCCAAGGACAUAUUACAGAAAGCUUUGGAAGAUGUGGAAACAAAGCAUAAGAUUCUUAAAGAGAAACGGAGGGAAUUAAAAACAGCAAGGACACUCUCUCUAUUCUUUGGAGUGAACACAGAAAACCGAAACCACGCUGGGAUGUUCAUUUACAGUAACAACCGCUUGAUCAAGAUGCAUGAGAAAGUGGGCCCACAGUUGAAACUGAAGUCCUUGCUUGGUGCAGGCGUGAUUGGAAUUGUCAAUAUACCUUUGGAGGUCAUGGAACCAUCUCAUAAUAAGCAGGAAUUUCUCAAUGUCCAAGAAUAUAAUCAUCUGCUAAGAGUCAUGGGACAGUUCUUGGUCCAGUACUGUAAGGACACUGGGAUCAGUAAUAGAAACCUUACAUUGUUUUGGAAUGAAUUUGGAUACCAGAAUAACAAGGACACAGAGAGGUCUUUAGAGUCUAUUCAGUAUCAAAGAAGACAAGCCAUGGCCAUCCCAUUCAUCAUUCAGUGUGAUCUUUGCCUUAAAUGGAGAGUCUUGCCUCCCUCUACUGAUUAUCAGGAAAAAGAACUUUUGGACGCCUGGAUUUGUGCUAAUAAUCCUAACCUCUCAGAAAACAGUUGUCAUCAGGCAGAACGCUUACCUCCCAUCCCCCUGGGCACCAUGAGCACAGUAUCACUAUCAAAAAAUGAGAAAGAGAAGCGACUUCAGGAGUCAGUCCGAAGGUAUCAGGAUCAACUGGCAGAACAGCAGCUGGAGCUUCAGUUUAUACCAAAAAGCAGGAUUGCUGAGUCCACUACCAUCUGCCGAAUUUCAGCAUCUAAGGAAAAUACAAAACCUCAAAAAAUCAGGCCUUCGGGUUAUGACUUGAAGCAUGAGUCUCUUGCAUCCUUUGAGCUCCCGGCCGCCCAAAGAAGCUGGAAGAGCAACACGGAAGGGACGGACUCUGAUGUGGAGUUCGUUUCAGAGACUAAAGUGAUGAAGUCUACAAGGAAGAAGGCAGAGCCACAGCAGAGACAUCCAGCAGCCCUCCCAGAAAAGGUCAGGCUCACUGAGAGAUCCCAGGCCUCUUCUUGGGAAAUGAAAAGGAAGGAGAAUCAGAACCUUGUGCAAGAAUGUCAGGGUUUGAUUGAAGUUGAAACCAGCAACAGCGAUCAAGAUACAAUCCUGAUUUUAGAUCAAAGUGACAACAAUGUUUUCUUGAAACGUGAAAAAAAGGAAGUUCCCCUUAUGAAAAAAGAAAAACAGGAGCUGUGCAGUGACAUUGCAGAAAUAAAGAGAAACUCUUCAUUACCUAACUGGAAAAGCAUUCCAGUGCAAGACUUUGGUCCAGGUUCUGGACACAGAGCCAGAGUUGCUGUGAGUAGUGGCUGUGAAGUUGGUUCUUUGCUGACAAAGUCUUCUCAGAGCCCAUCUGUCAAGGAAACAGUAAGAAAACUGACAUCUAAUUUAUGGGAGAUUAUUCUGCAUUUCUUUCCUGAGUACCAGCUACCAUCAGAAAUUGGCUACUCAUCUGUGGAGGAAUUUGUGGCAAGCUCGGAGCUGGAGCAGUGCACAGAGCAGACAAACAGAAAGCUGAAAAUGUGUUUCCAGCAGAUCCAGGAUGUGUACAUGGCCCAAUAUGCAAAAAAACUGAAGAGAACAACACAGUCUAUUAUCUAUGAUGCUAACAGAAGAGGAGUGAUGAAUGAAAUAUCUCUGGUGCAAUGUGAACAAAAAAGAAAAGUUACUGAAGAUAGACUGAACAAUCUUCGUGUAAAACUGGCAGCAUUGCUGCAGAAACUUCAGCUGGGAGGUCCAGUAGGAGACAUGGAGCAGAUUGACAGUUAUUUAGAAGCUUUGCUUAAAGAAGAUCAUCUUUUUGGGAACGCUUUCAAUAAAGGAAGUACAGAUGCAGGACAUAGUCUCCCUUUAGAGAACAAUGAAAGUACUUCUCAAAACUAAAAGUCAGAAAAGUCAUUCCUUUCUU